CUAUGUCGGCAGUUGGAAGUGACAUGCUUAUCUCUGACAAAAGUGUUAGUCAAAAAUUUACUGUCUUCUAGUCGACAACAAGUCAACAACAACCAUGGCAACGCUUUCUGGGUUUGGUGCCGUCAUUUCAAAUAUUGAUGAUUUGGAAAAAGGAGCUCAGGUAGCGACAAGUUUACUUCAGCAGAGAGCCAAUGAUGUCCGGGCUAACAGAGUUAACUGGCAGUCCUAUUUACAAGGUCAGAUGAUAUCCCAAGAAGACUACUCCUUCAUUUCUCGAUUUGAUCAGGCCAAUGCUGAGACCAGAGCUAAGAUUCUCCAGGAUCACUCCAUGCAGUUUGUGAAGACUUUCCUGAACCUGAUGGGUCAUAUAGCUAAGGACCAGACUGUCCAGUACAUACUGACCAUGCUGGAUGAUGUGCUACAGGAAGACAAGUCAAGAGUGGAGAAAUUCAAGGAAUAUGCCAGGAAGAGUAAAGACAGUGUGUGGACCCCAUUCCUGCACCUGCUCAACAGAAAUGAUGGCUUCAUUAUAAAUCAGACGAGUCGAAUCAUCGCAAAGAUUGCAUGCUGGAGCAAAGAUCCCAUGGACAAGAACGAUCUUCACUUUUACCUCACAUGGCUGAAAGAUCAGCUCAAACUUCCGAAUAACGAGUACCUGCAGACUGCGGCCAGGUGUUUACAGAUGAUGCUGAGGAUAGAUGGCUACAGAGAGGCCUUUGUGGAAGUGGACGGUAUCAGCACGAUUGUGUCGGUGCUGGCGGGCAGUAAGAUGGGCUUUCAGAUCCAGUACCAACUCUCUUUCUGCCUCUGGUGUCUCUCCUUCAACGUCAACAUUGUUGGCAAAAUGACCAAAUAUAACAUCAUUCCGAUCUUGUCUGACAUUCUGAGCGAAUCUGUGAAGGAGAAAGUCUCGAGGAUCAUUCUGGCGACAUUCAGGAACCUAUUAGAGAAGACAACAGAUCGAGACGUCCUACAGGAGAUGGCGUUAUCUAUGGUUCAGUGUAAAGUGUUGAAACAGCUAGAGCUUUUGGAGAGCCGAAAGUUUGAUGAUCCCGACAUCAUGGAAGAUCUGGAAUUUCUGAUGGAAAAACUUCAGGUGUCAAUACAAGAUCUCAGUUCUUUUGAUGAGUACUCUACGGAGGUGAAAUCUGGUCGGCUGGAAUGGAGCCCCGUUCACAAGUCUGACAGGUUCUGGAGAGAGAAUGCCAGCAGGCUGAAUGAGAAAAACUAUGAGCUCCUCAAGAUUCUCAUCAAGCUGUUAGAGACAAGCAAGGAUCCCCUUAUUCUCUCUGUGGCAGCCCAUGACAUCGGGGAAUAUGUACGGUACUACCCCAGGGGGAAAAAUGUGAUAGAACAGUUAGGAGCUAAGCAGAUGGUGAUGCAAUAUUUGGUCCAUGAAGAUCCUAAUGUCCGCUAUGAGGCACUGAUUGCUGUCCAGAAGCUGAUGGUCCAUAACUGGGAGUAUUUAGGUAAGCAGAUAGAGACAGCCCAGGAGAAUACCACCAGUGGCAUGUCAGCUGCCAAGGCUUGAUUCCACCUUAGCACUGCCAGAAAAUAUGCUGGAAUAGAUAUUAAUGUUAGCUGUCAAGUCUGAUAUUAAAACAAUAUCUAGGUAUACUGUGUCUAAAAACACUUCUAGGAUGUUACAGAUGUUUAUUAGGAAACAGUUUAAGAAAAUAUUUCAAAACGUCAUAGGUAUAUACAAUGUGACCAUGGCGUCGCCAGAUUGUGACUACAGGUAAACAGGAAUUAUAGUCAGCUGCCAGAGAUUCACGAUGUGGAUUUGUGUCAGCUGCCAGAGGUUCACAAUGUGGAUUUGUGUCAGCUGCCAGAGAUUCACGAUGUGGAUUUGUGUCAGCUGCCAGAGGUUCACAAUGUGGAUUUGUGUCAGCUGCCAGAGGUUCACGAUGUAGAUUUGUGUCAGCUGCCAGAGGUUCACGAUGUGGAUUUGUGUCAGCUGCCAGAGGUUCACAAUGUGGAUUUGUGUCAGCUGCCAGAGGUUCACGAUGUCGAUUUGUGUCAGCUGCCAGAGGUUCACCAUGUGGAUUUGUGUCAGCUGCCAGAGAUUCACGAUGUGGAUUUGUGUCAGCUGCCAGAGGUUCACGAUGUGGAUUUGUGUCAGCUGCCAGAGGUUCACGAUGUGGAUUUGUGUCAGCUGCCAGAGGUUAACAAUGUGGAUUUGUGUCAGCUGCCAGAGGUUCACAGUGUGGAUUUGUGUCAGCUGCCAGAGGUUCAAGACGUGGAUUUGCAUACUUAUUUAUUAGUACCUAAUGGAGCAUCUUAAGGCAUACAUGUAAAACAUGGCAAAUUGUGAAGUACACUGUGUUUUUGUUAAGGAGGCCAUUGGAAUGUAUAUGUACUAGUAGUACCACUAUAAUAGGCACAAUAAAAUGACCUAUCUGAUCACCUCAGUUUAAUAAUAGAUGAUAAAAAAAUUGAUUGAUUUGAGAUUCUUUU